UCGCGCUUGCAUUUCGCAUUCGAGAAGUCAGUCAGCUACCUACCACUGGUACAUAGCUAUGGUGUUGAUUCGAUACAAAUUCAUCGUAAGAUAGGUAGUUUGUGAUUCACACAAGUUCGGAAAAUAUUAAUAGUGUAAUUCCUACCUCUGCAUAUACAUAAUAAUGUGUAAAUUACAAACGUCUCGUAAUACUAACGUAUGGCUCGCUUUCCAUACGACGACCUGACAUCCAGUUACAAUUGUAUCGUCGCUUAGGUUAGGUUAGGUUCGAUUCGACUCGACCGGGUAAUCAUGUUCGUAGUUCUUCGACAUCGCGGUGGUAAUCGGUGUUUAUUCGCGGGUUCGUACGAUCGCAGAGAUGGUGUCAAUAGUGGAUAAUAUACCUAAUAUUUUUGUACAUUGUAUAUGUCUAAUCGGCGCCAUAUAGUUACGUGUAUGUGGGUGUAUGUGUCAUAAAAUUAGUAUGAUAUUUAGAUAACCGAAUAAGAUAAUCAGAGUGAUCAUUGUGGACGACCCCCUCAGCCAAGAUGACCGUCAGUUACCAGUAUAAAGUGGCAUCGUCUACGAGUGGCGGAUUCACCAGGCUUUUAUUCAUGUGGAGAGGCAGUCUUUACAAAUUGAUAUAUCGCGAGCUGUUGAUAUUCUUGUUGGCUUUUGACAUAUUGAGCGUCCUGUAUCGUAAUUUGUUUUCAAUCGAGCAAAAGAAAUUUUUCGAACGAUUGGUAAAAUACUGUGAUACAUUCAUAAGUCUGAUCCCGCUCACGUUUAUAUUAGGAUUCUACGUAUCGUACGUGGCUAACAGAUGGUGGCAACAAUACGAAGCCAUUCCAUGGCCCGAUCGAACUAUGCACGCUCUAGCUUUAUACGUUCCCGGAUCGGAUGAGCACGAGAGGAUAGUCCGACGAACAUUAAUGAGGUACCUAAACUUGACAUUGGUUUUAAUAUUACGCUCGAUAAGCUCAGCGGUUAAGAGAAGAUUCCCAACGGUAGAUCAUUUAACAGAAGUAGGAUUUAUGACCGAAUCGGAGAAAGAGAUGUUUUUAUCUGUAUCUACUCAAGAGUUUAAUACGUAUUGGAUACCUUGCGCUUGGUUUAUACAUCUUUUACGAGAUUAUAAAGACGCGCAUCCGGAUAUGGACGAGACAGGGUUGAAAUUGAUUAUGGAAGAAUUUAACAGUUUUCGAGCUAAAUGUGGAUUGCUUUGGAGCUACGACUGGAUCAGUAUACCUUUAGUUUAUACCCAGGUAGUCACUUUAGCCACGUAUUCAUUUUUUAUUGCAGCCGUGGUAGGUAGGCAAUACGUUGAGCAUUCCAAUCAACCUAUGCAGAUGGAAAUUGACACUUAUCUUCCUAUAUUCACCGUACUUCAGUUCCUCUUUUACAUGGGUCUGCUCAAGGUAGCAGAACAACUGAUCAAUCCUUUUGGAGACGAUGACGAAGAUUUCGAGUUGAAUUGGUUGAUUGAUCGACACAUAAAGGUAUCGUAUUUAGGUGUGGAUACGCUGAUGUUGCAUAAUCCGCCAUUGCAAAAAGAUAAAUACUUCGACGACGAUCACUACGUCUUGCCAUACACUGCAGCAUCUAUAAUGCAUAAGAAGAGAACAUACAGAGGAUCAGUUGCCAACAUGCAAGUCCCCGAAGAACAACAAAACCUCUACUUGCCCGAAAUAAUCGAAGAAGAAGGUAACGAAGAAUCCUACGUUACGAAAUUCACAUCAACCAACGACGAAGACCGAGAUUACUGGCGUCAGAAUGUUGACAGUGGUAAACAACACCGCGACAAACCAUCUCAGCACAACGACACCGAAGAGGAAACAAUCGUGAAUAACAUUCGAUUCAAACGCAUCAGUCCAUCGAUCAGCCGGAGCAAUACGCUGAAACGAAACAACUCCGGAAGUAACCUAAGCGCCAACUCGGGCCGAGACGAUAACGCCGAACCAUCGAGACGCAAUCGACUAACCAAACAUAAUUCCUUACUGUAUCAUUCCGGUAGAAGGCCUUCUUCGGUGAAACGUUUCAACGAGAAGGAUGCGUUCCGUAGGAAAAGUGUAGCAGCUUCUGCUAGAGAUAGUACAUUGAACAGGACAUCUUCUAAAUGGUCCUUGCACAGAGAUAGUGCUAUUGACGCUCAAUGGAAGGGUAUCAGGUGGAAACCGUUCAAGAAGGAUGAUAUAUAUACGAUAAAUUCGGCAGAAUCGUCGCCAAACAGAGAUUCGUUGCAUAGAUCCGGUCAAAUAGCUAGUUUUCCGGAUGAUUACGCCUCCUACGUGAAUCAAAUGUUCAGCGCAUCUGUUGAAGAAUUAUCGCCAGCUAAUUUAAUGUCUUCUAAUAACAAGAAGGGUAAAAGAGCUAAUACCGAAUCCAUCGAGUGUGAUAAUAAAAAUAACAAAACUGCGAGGAAAUCAUCGCUGAAUAUAUCACUGCAGGAUUCUUUGGUUUGAUGAACGCAGCUUGAAAUUUGAUGAAUGGAAGAUAGGCUGGACUGGACUGUUGUCAUUCUUCUUGUGACACACGUGAAUGUGCUAAUUCAGCAUUAAACGUCCCAUCAUUAUGUAUCUUCAGUACCUAUCGUGAGAAAAUGUCGUUUUGAAUAUCAAACGAAUUAUUAAACCGUCCUUUUUUCUCUCAUAUAAUUAUAUGUCCACACUGCGGUGUUCAAAAACAAUUCUUACUUUUGGUUUUAUUUUAAAAAACGAUUGUUUUUUUUGUAUUUUUUACGUUGGUAUGCCACACAUUAAGUAGAUAUUUUACGAUGAAAACGAAAGUGUUGAAGAGGAGUCAUUAUUAAUCGAUCUAUAUUUUUAAGCAUGAAUUUAUUUUAUAGAUGUACCUAUGUAAUAAUAAAACCCAAGCUGUUGUUUUUAAAAUUCCUAAUUAAAAAAUAUGUGGAUUA